AUGUCAAAUCCGCUUCAAGAGACUGCUUUUCAAGUCGCUCCCUUAUCGACGUCAGCACGAAAGGAGAAGAUACUCGGUGCCGAAUGGAUCCCCAUGAUCCGCGGUAUGAAUGCUGUGCUCGAACCUACCCAUAAUUACCUUCGUUUUGGGAGGAUGAACACUAUCAUGAGUCUUGGUAACUGGGACAAGCUGGAUCCGGACCAGGAUAACCCUGUUUUCGAAGACAUCUACUUCUGCAGUACUCGUGAGACUUGGAGUAAAUCUGAACACUCAGAAGUCUAUGAAGAGGCGCUUCAAAUCCUUCGGAGGUGUCGUCUUUAUUCGCAGCAGUUCCGCAACAUGGAUGCCAAGACACUCGAUCAAUGGGGGCAUAACAAGGAGUGGUCAGGGCCUCUUAUCUUUAUUCAUUUUGCAUCUACUUCUUACUUCUCACUCCUUCAGCAGAGACAACCCGCGGCUUUAAUCCUUUUUUCCUUUUUUGGGGCACUUUUGCAUGAACUAAACGAUUACUGGUUUCUACAAGGUUGGGGGAAAGCAAUCGUGGAAGUGGUAGCGGAUGUUCUCGGCAGCUAUUGGAAACCAUGGUUAUUGUGGCCGUUGCAGGCCGUCCAGAAAUGA